CUACGGGGUUGAGAGAGAGAGAGAGAGAGAGAGAGAGAGAGAGAGAGAAUGGCCAUUAUAAUAGAGCCAUAGGCCAAAAGCUCAACUGCACUGAGAGCAGCAUCAGCAGCAGUUCACUGUCACUCUUCCCAAGAACGGGUGCCAAGGAAUCCUAGAAUCCAAGAAAGGCAGCAGCUGCUGCAGCAAGAACAGCACAGGGGGAGAGGUGGUGGUGGUGGUGGUGGGGAAGAAGACCACACACAUUCGGCUGGGUGGUGGUCUUCUUCUUCUGCUGCUGCUGCCGCUGUUGCCGCUUGUUGGAGUGAGGAGAGUGGGUGAGUGAUGGGGAGGGGGUGCCUGGCUGCGCUGCUCGGCGGCGCGGUGGCGGUGGCCGUGCUGGUCGCCGUCGUCCACUGCGCGGUGACGUACGACAAGAAGGCGGUGCUCGUCGACGGCCAGAGGAGGAUUCUCUUCUCCGGAUCCAUACAUUACCCGAGGAGCACACCCGAAAUGUGGGACGGGCUAAUUGAGAAGGCUAAAGAUGGAGGCUUGGAUGUGAUCCAGACCUAUGUCUUUUGGAAUGGGCAUGAACCAACUCCUGGAAAUUACAAUUUUGAAGGGAGGUACGAUCUGGUCAGGUUCAUCAAGACUGUCCAGAAGGCUGGCAUGUUUGUUCAUCUCCGCAUCGGUCCCUACAUUUGUGGAGAGUGGAAUUUUGGUGGAUUUCCAGUUUGGUUGAAGUAUGUACCAGGCAUCAGCUUCAGGACGGACAAUGAACCUUUCAAGAAUGCAAUGCAGGGGUUCACAGAGAAAAUUGUGGGCAUGAUGAAGAGUGAAAACCUCUUUGCUUCACAAGGCGGUCCUAUUAUCCUCUCUCAGAUUGAGAACGAGUAUGGGCCAGAAGGUAAAGAGUUUGGGGCUGCCGGCAAGGCAUAUAUCAACUGGGCGGCAAAGAUGGCCGUGGGAUUGGACACCGGUGUGCCGUGGGUGAUGUGCAAGGAGGAUGACGCACCUGACCCAGUGAUCAAUGCAUGCAAUGGUUUCUAUUGUGACACAUUUUCUCCUAACAAGCCUUACAAGCCUACGAUGUGGACUGAAGCUUGGAGUGGAUGGUUUACUGAAUUCGGAGGAACCAUCCGUCAACGACCAGUUGAAGAUCUCGCAUUUGGUGUUGCUCGCUUCGUACAGAAGGGUGGUUCUUUUAUCAACUACUACAUGUAUCAUGGAGGAACGAAUUUUGGUCGCACGGCUGGAGGUCCCUUUAUCACCACGAGCUAUGAUUAUGAUGCUCCACUUGAUGAAUAUGGACUUGCAAGGGAACCAAAGUUUGGGCACCUUAAAGAACUCCAUAGAGCUGUUAAGUUAUGUGAGCAGCCUUUGGUUUCUGCCGAUCCAACUGUGACUACCCUUGGAAGUAUGCAAGAGGCCCAUGUGUUCCGAUCUUCCUCUGGCUGUGCAGCUUUCCUUGCAAACUACAAUUCUAACUCGUAUGCCAAAGUUAUCUUCAACAAUGAAAAUUACAGCCUUCCACCUUGGUCAAUCAGCAUCCUUCCUGAUUGCAAAAAUGUUGUUUUUAACACUGCAACAGUUGGUGUUCAGACAAAUCAAAUGCAAAUGUGGGCAGACGGGGCUUCUUCAAUGAUGUGGGAGAAGUAUGAUGAGGAGGUUGAUUCAUUGGCAGCUGCUCCAUUGCUCACGUCAACUGGUCUACUUGAGCAGCUUAAUGUCACAAGAGACACCAGUGAUUACCUCUGGUACAUUACGAGUGUGGAGGUAGACCCAUCUGAGAAGUUUCUACAAGGUGGCACGCCUCUGUCACUCACUGUGCAGUCUGCUGGCCAUGCGCUGCAUGUCUUCAUCAAUGGGCAACUCCAAGGUUCUGCCUAUGGAACCAGGGAAGAUCGGAAAAUCUCAUAUAGUGGCAAUGCUAACCUUCGUGCUGGUACAAACAAAGUUGCACUGUUGAGUGUUGCUUGUGGACUGCCGAAUGUCGGAGUGCAUUAUGAGACGUGGAACACUGGUGUUGUUGGUCCUGUUGUGAUUCACGGGUUGGACGAAGGUUCAAGAGAUCUGACUUGGCAGACUUGGUCCUAUCAGGUUGGCCUGAAAGGUGAACAGAUGAAUCUAAACUCCUUAGAAGGCUCAGGCUCAGUUGAAUGGAUGCAAGGAUCAUUGGUAGCACAAAACCAACAACCGUUGGCAUGGUAUAGGGCAUACUUUGAUACUCCCAGUGGUGACGAGCCACUGGCUCUGGAUAUGGGCAGCAUGGGUAAGGGUCAAAUAUGGAUAAAUGGGCAAAGCAUUGGACGGUACUGGACAGCAUAUGCGGAAGGUGACUGCAAAGGUUGCCAUUACACUGGGUCAUACAGGGCACCCAAGUGUCAGGCAGGUUGUGGUCAGCCUACACAGCGCUGGUAUCAUGUGCCAAGAUCCUGGUUGCAACCAACUAGAAAUCUGCUAGUGGUUUUUGAGGAACUUGGCGGUGAUUCUUCAAAGAUUGCCCUUGCGAAGCGGACAGUCUCAGGUGUCUGUGCUGAUGUAUCUGAAUAUCAUCCAAAUAUCAAGAACUGGCAGAUCGAGAGCUAUGGGGAACCAGAGUUCCACACGGCAAAGGUGCAUUUAAAAUGUGCACCUGGGCAGACCAUUUCUGCAAUCAAAUUUGCUAGCUUUGGGACACCUCUUGGAACUUGCGGAACAUUCCAGCAAGGGGAGUGCCAUUCAAUUAACUCAAACUCUGUUCUUGAAAAGAAAUGCAUUGGACUACAAAGAUGUGUCGUCGCAAUCUCUCCCAGCAACUUUGGUGGAGAUCCCUGCCCGGAGGUGAUGAAAAGGGUGGCGGUUGAGGCGGUAUGCUCUACCGCUGCAUAGGGCAAUUUCUUUGCCGAGACGAAUUUAGAGAUGGCACCAAACAGGUGGGCUUGUGCUUGAUCAAAGCACACAGAAAGCGAUGCAGAGUAGAGUUCAACUGUAAAGUAUCGACGCCACAUAGCUGUGGCUGGAGGAUUAGAGAUCGAUUCUAGCAUUCACUCAGUCGAAUUUCAGAUUAGAGGAUUCUAACUCUACUGCAUCUCCAUGAAUUGUUCAGAGUGACCAACUGCUAAUUGAAGUUGGUCCUGGGAUGGAGUGCAGGGAGAGUAAAGGCAAAAGAUUGGUGCAUUCUUUUGCUCGCGUUAGUGUGCGUGUUGUGUUGUUUCAUCUUUCUUGAAAGGAAGAAAGAUGCCGAUGAAUUGUGCAUGUAUCCCAUAUGAGGAAUCGUUGAUUGUGCAGUGAGCAUGAUAUGCUGCAGAACAAUUGCUCGUGUCAUAUUCUGAAGUUCAGAAAAGAGGUUGUCAAUUUAUCUUCUUCAGAUAAA